CAGAUGUCCAACUGCGCGGACGACGAUUAUCGUUAUCCUGAAAGCUGUUUCAGGUUAUGCGAUUUUUAUUCACGAUUCUGUGCAAAAUGCCGGGUAACUUCAUCGCUGAACGGUCUGAUAAAGUAUAAGCAAGAGGAAGAAGAAAAUGUCCAACACUUUGCGUUUUGAGAUCUUCCUGCGUCUAUUUCAUGAUCGCAAGCAGUCGUGUCCAAAUGAUUGAAGUGAUUAAACAAUGAAAGCAAGAGUCCUUUUGUGUCGAGCAAAUUAGUGAAAGACUGUAGGAAUUCUUGUUUUGCGAACUAAGAUAAAGUUAUCAAAAUAUGACUCAACCUGUUCGAUCAUUUUGAUUAUCGUUAACUUGUGAUUCACAAAGUGAGAAAUCACGUAAAUCGCAUUAUGCGAUCAAAAUAAAUCAGUUUUCUCUGAUAUUUUAUGUAUUCAGAUAAGAUGAUUAAUAGAAAGUGUAAUCAUCCAUAAAUCAACAACCACAAAAUAUUCUGGAUGAAAUCAUUACGUUGCAACCGGUUGCAACGCAACAAUCAACGUGAUCGAGUCACGCGCGAUCCAGCUGACCGGAAAAGCGCGCGACUUCAAGUCGCGUUUCCAGUGGAGUAACUAAAGUCACCAGAUCGUCUCGACCAAUCGCGCACCGUCGUCGCGGUGGAAUUACAUAGAUCUCUUCAAUUUGCACUCCCCACACUCCCGGCCUUUCCUGUUUUCCUUUUCGGAGAGGCGCACGGAUAUAUAUUUGUUUCGUUCUAAAUGCAGAAAGAGUGCGAAUAAGAGAAGCACGCGGAUUCGAGAUCCCGAGGCGGAAGCGAGGAAGACAAGCCGCUUAGGUGCCUUCUUCCUUCAUCGCUGGACACGAGUGUCAAUUUUUUCUCAUCUACCGAGCAACAUCGUCCACGACCUUGUCGGUUUUCAAGGAGCAGUUGAACGGGAUCAGGGUAAGCCGGAAGAAGAAGAAGAAGAAUGUACAGCCAAAAAUAUCCUGCGCCGAAUCCUCCGCCGUUGCACGCAACGGCACCACAACCAGAACAAGUUGGCUGGUCUCCACCGAGUACGACAUAUCCCGCCGGCUUGCAAUACCUUAUGAACCUUGAUUACCUUUUCGUGAACCAGAAAAUUGAGUUGCUUCAAGCUUUUACUGGAUGGGAGACUAAGAACAGGUACACCAUUACAAAUCUUAAUGGCGAGACGGUAUUCUACGUGGCCGAAGAAUCGGACGUUUGUGCACGAUUGUGCUUGAGCAAGUACCGUCCCUGUGAAUUUGAUAUCUUCGACCAAAACCGGCAGCAAAUUCUUCGCAUAGUACGACCCUUCAGGUGCGACAGUUGUUGUUGUCCGUGCUAUUUACAGACUAUAGAAGUAUAUUCUGGAAGUACUCUGUUGGGCAGUGUUACUCAAGAAUGGAGUCUUUGGCGACCAACAUUCUAUAUUCGCGAUGCUUCUGGCGAACCGGUAUUAACAAUAAAAGGACCAAUCCUUCGGUUUUGCAUAGACGUUAGCUUCAAGGUCAAAUCUAUGGAUGAGAAGCAUCGCGUCGGUGUAAUCCAGAAACAAUGGAGCGGGUUUGGUCGAGAACUCUUCACCGUCUCUGAUAUGUUUGGUAUUAGUUUCCCGCGCGAUCUUGAUGUGAAAAUAAAGGCCGUACUGCUGGGAGCAGCUCUUUUGAUAGACUUUAUGUAUUUCGAGGAAAACAAGUGAGGUUUACAACUCCAUUUUUAAUUGAAAAAAGAAGUUAAAAGUAAAGUACUUACACUGGAUUAUAUUUUCGCCAAAAAUACUUUGCGUGCGCGUGUGUGUGAUGUGUUAAAGUAUUUAGAAGACAUAUUUAGCUAUAGUUAUUAGAGAUGUUCUAUAAUAUGAAUGAAAGCAAAUAUUGAAUGUGCACAUACUCAGGAUAAAAUUUAUAAUUACAUUUAUAAUUAAAUUAGCUAUGACUGCUAUAGCUGCGUUCCGAUAUUCACUGCCAGUACUGAAAAUCUAUAGUAUACGUGACAUACACUAUAGCUUUUCAGUACUGACAGUGAAUAUCGGAACGCAGCCUAUAUUAGCUAUGGCUACUCAUAUUUUCUAACUACUUUAGAAAUAAUCUUUACUAUUUUAUAUAUAUAUAUAUAUAUAUUCUUGGCCAGAGCUUAGUAUAACUAAUGUUGGAGAUAUAUAUAUAUAUACAAUACUUAGAUAAUCGGAUGUCUUCGAAGCCAGAAUUCGAUCUUGUUAAGCUCUCUAUUUUCCACAAAUGUUGUAAUUGCUGCGUACAUUUACAUCGUUAUGUCAAUUUGCAACGUAUUCCUUUUUCUAUUUAAGUUACAAAUUUUAAAUAUUAAAAUUACAACGGUAAUGGUAAAUAGUGUAUACAUUAUUAUCCAGUUUUCAAGUUAUCACUUCUAUAAGUGAAAAAUAUUCUUACUUGAUGUAUUUUUAUACAUCUUUAUAAAACUUAUAUAACUUUAUUAAUAGAAAUUAUUAUAUUUAAAUUAGUAUUUUAUAUAUAAUGUAUAAAAGUUAUAAAGCUACAAAGAAUAAAACAAGCAUGUUCGCAAAUCGUUAAUAAAUAUAAUAUAUAUUUAUAUACUUAUUCGUAAUUUUAAUUUUGUAAGGUUUUUCUAUACAUGUAUAUUGAACUGUUUAAGAUGACAUGCAAAUAUGAGUGUAAUAUGUAACUUGGGAUUUUUUAAAUAAAAAGUUUAAUGCAAAA